AUGGGAAGCUUCCUCAGUGGGAUUGUAUUACCACUGCUGCUUUUUGCAGCUUCUACAUUGAACUGGAGUAUAGUAUCACUUGUUGAUUUGCUCACGUCGCUAGUCCUAUUAGCCUGUCUGCAAGGCUCAUAUCGCUGGAAGCAUGUAGUUCAAUGGAAUAUCAUUAUGCUAUCUGGAGGAGUUAUUCUCUUAAAUGCUUUCUUCCAUAUCACAAUGGCCAUCAAAGGUGGUUGGGUUGUACCAGAUGCUCCGUGGGCUAAGUUAUUUGGUUUUAUCAGUGAUAAGCCUGAGAGUUCUGCUGGAGUGUACUUCCUCCUCAUUCAUGCAUUAAUAGCUAUGGUUGCUAUGACCGAAUUACAUAGGAACAAGUACUCCCCUGAUAUUUCAGGAGAAUUCUAUUCACAGGAUUCGGAUUUGCCUCCUGGAAGCAAAGAUGCCGUCCACUUCAGGAUCUUAUGUUACUUCUUACUGCCUAUCGUACAACUGGUGCAUGGAAUUAGCCACCCAUCAUGGGUUUCUCUACCAUAUUUCUUUUGUAGCUGCAUUGGACUAGCAAGGUGGUCCAUUAAAAGCAACUUUCUUGGGCUUUUCUGGUGCUGGAGAUUUCUUUUAGUUUAUGCCGGCUUCAACAUCAUUUUCUUGUAUGUGUACCAGCUACCCAUUGAGUUCUCUGCCACAUUUCAGCAAUCUGCCGAUCUUGUUGGACUCUACAAGUUCUCUGCAAAAUCAGACUGGCCAGAAUUAUGUUCUGGUGUUUCCCUUCUACUUUUCUACUUCAUGCUAUCUAGAGUCAGAUGUGAUCUGAUGGAAACAAGUGAGAUUGUUUCAGUAAGGCAAACUGGCUUGAUUGAGCAGCUUCUUCCUAAAACAAAUUCUUUUGUCACUUAUCAUUUAAGAUCUAGUGCCAUGCACGCCAAUAUUGUGGAGAGUGAAGCAUUAUUGUGGAAAUUUACUAUCAACUUUUUCACUUAUGGUUUCCCAGUCUGUUUGUUUGCUUAUUCUUUUUGGAGCUUCCAGUUUGCUAGCCUGUGUUCAUUUCCAAUACUGGCUUACGUUGGUUAUGUUGUGUAUUCCAUCCCAUCAAUCUUUCACUUGCAUCAUUUAAAUGGCCUACUUCUUGUGUUUAUUCUAUUCUGGGCUACUUGUACAUAUGUCUUCAACAUCAUAUUCUCUCUGCUCAAUAAGAAGCUGGAAAAGGACAUGGCAAUGUGGGAAGCUCUUGGCUUGUGGAACUAUAGCCAACCUGGAUUAUUUCUACUUGCGCAAUUUUUCCCAGCAAUCCUACUAGCCAUCGGAAAUGUUGUGAAUGGCAUGGUGUUCUCAUACUUGGUUGACGGGGAUGGCCAACCCAAAUACCGUAAUCUUUCUUCUUAUGAGAAAGAAGAGAAGUCAGUAUAUGUUAUUGCUAUUGUUGCAUGGGGAUUUCGCAAAAGCUCUCGUGCCAUUGUGCUAGUGCUGCUGCUUUUUAUAUCGCUGAAACCUGGCUUUGUUCCUGCUGCAUAUAUGGUAUUCUUUAUGAUAUAUCUCUUAAGCCAUGCCAUAAGCAGGGAGCUUCGCCAAUCCUUGAUUCUUCUUUGCGAGAUACACUUUGCUGUACUUUUCAGCCUUCAACUAAAUGUAAUCUCUAGAUUCCUACAAGAUAAAGGUUCAGUAGCAGCAGAAAUAUUCUCAUGGUCUGGUUUGCUUGAAAGUCAUAGCUCGGUUGACUUUUUGAAGAUCGGGGGGCUGGCAUCUUUCUGCGCUAUUCAGAAUCAUGGAUUUGACAUACUUUGCUCAUUUUCCACUAUCGUGCAGUACACUCCGUUCCCUCCCUUUGGCUGGAGACUCUGGAAAGCUGGCUUAAAUAAAAGAGUGCUACUUUCUGUUUAUGCUAUGAUAUCUAGUGGAAACAAGUACGACAAUUCUGUGCAUGAGAGAAGAACAGCUUUGUAUCUGAGUGCAAUGGGGCAGAAGUUUCUCUAUGCAUACCGGGCAUGUGGAACCUACAUUGUGUGUCUGACUGUUCUUCUCACAGUUUACCUUGUCAGACCUAAUUACACAUCAUUCGGUUACCUUUUCUUUCUCCUACUUUGGAUGAGUGCAAGGCAACUAAUGGAGAAGACAAGAAAGCACUUCUGGUUUCCAUUGAAAGUUUAUGCAAUUGCAGUGUUUAUUCUCAUUUAUGUUUUAAAUGUUUUUGUCAGCUUUAAGAGGUGGUUGUCAAGCCUGAUUGAUCUUCAGCUUGUGUUUGGGUAUUCUGUUGAUGCUUCGAUGUUAGAAAAUAUCUGGGAAUCUUUGGCUGUUCUUAUUGUGGUGGUCUUGUAUAGCUACGAAAGGAGACAGAGCAAGUACUUGCAAUCAGUGGCUGGUGAAUCACCGGAAUACAUUUCAUUUUCCUUUAUCAAGCGUCUGCUCAUUUGGCAUUGUGAAAAGAUAUUAUCUCUUUCAGUAUUGUAUGCAUCUAUGUCGCCUAUCAGUGCAUCUGGUUUUGUAUAUCUACUUGGCCUGGUACUCUGUUCGACAUUCCCGAAAUCGUCCCGCAUUCCCUCAAAAUGUUUCAUGUGUUAUUCAGGAUUUCUUUUGAUGAUAAACUAUCUAUUCCAGAUGUUUGGUGAAAAAGCUAAGAUGCUUCCUGGUCAGACAUACUCUAACUUACCUAUCCUUUUGGGCUUACGGUUGUUUAAGCCUGGCUUUUCUGGUCUAGAAUCAGGUUUGAGAGCGAAAGUGCUGGUCAUUGUUGCAUGUGUACUUCAAUAUAAUGUCUUUUUCUGGCUGGAAAAUAUGCCCAGGGAAAAGGGACAUGGUGGAAAAUGGGAAGAACCCUGUGGUUUGUUUAAUUUGAUGGAUGAUACUAGUAGAACGUCUAUCUAUGCCAAAGAGAGUGAGCCUACAGCUGAAACAAGCCCAUUGUUUAGAAAGAAAAAUGCAUCAAUGAAUAGCUCUUGGCCAUCAUUUGAUGUUAGCACUGAAGUUUUAGAGGACAAGAAGAACCGGUACAGUAGACAUAUCUGGGGAAGCUCAAGUUUUAAGUGGAACAGAAAGUGGCUUCUUCUUUGGAGAAAGGAGAGGCUUGACAUGCAGAUAGCAACCCUAAAAAUAUACAUGAAAGUUUGGAUUGAGAAUGCAUUCAAUCUUUUCGGGCUUGAGAUCAACAUGAUUGCAUUACUUCUUGCUAGUUUUGCCACCUUAAAUUCGAUUUCUUUGCUCUAUGUAACAGCACUUGCUGUUUGUAUACUUGUGCCUCGGCAAAAUCUUCAGAGGUUUUGGCCCUUGUUUGUUCUCGCUUUUGCUUCUGUUCUCAUCCUUGAGUACUGGAUGAUAUGGAUGAGCAUAGUAGAUGCUAAUAAUCAAUUCCCUAUCAGCCAGUACGGGCGUUGCCAUGACUGUUGGAGAAACUCUUCUGUGUUUGUUGACUUCUGCCGAAAAUGCUGGUUAGGAAUUGUAGUCGAUGAUCCCAGAAUGCUAAUUAGCUAUUACAUGGUUUUCGUGCUUUCGUGUUUCAAACUCCGAGCUGAUCACAUGUCCGGCCAUUCAGCAUGCUUUACUUACUGGGAAACGGUAUUACAAAGAAAAAGAGCAGCUGCUUUCAGUGAUCUCUCAUUUGAAACAAAGAACAUGUGGACAUUUCUUGACCGCCUGAGGCUUUACAGUUACUUUCAUUUGUUGGAUCUUGUUCUUGCUCUAAUACUGAUUACAGGAACCCUUGAGUAUGAUGUUCUUCAUCUUGGUUACCUUGGUUUUGCUCUGGCUUUUUUCCGGCUGAGGCUUAAGAUACUAAAGGAGAGAAAUAACAUCUUCAAGUUCCUGCGUAUAUAUAAUUUCAGUUUGAUUGUUCUUUCUCUUGCGUAUCAAUCUCCAUUUGUAGGGGAUUCUAAUGAAGGAAAGUGUGAAACUGCUGAUUACUUGCACGAGGUCAUAGGCUUCUACAAGUAUGAUUAUGGAUUCCGAAUUACAUCAAGAUCUGCCCUUGUGGAAAUUAUCAUCUUCAUGUUGGUAUCCCUCCAGUCACAUAUUUUUUCUUCCCAAGAUUUUGAUUCUGUUUCCAAGUACAUAGAAGCAGAUCAGAUGGAUGCCUUAGUUAGGGAGCAACAGAAAAGAGCUGCCUGGAAAACUGCACAGUUGCAACACAUUCGUAAGUCAGAAGAAGAGAAGCGCCUUCGUAACUUGCAAGUGGAAAAUAUUAAAUCGGAGAUGCUUAAUCUACAAAUCCAUCUUCGCAGCAUGAGUACCGAUGCAAGCUUAGGCAGUAUUUCUUCGGGGUGUGGAGACCGACAUGAGACAAUAAAAUACAACCCUAGCAGUAGCAGGGGGGGAGAGGAGCAUAAUGGGGCAAGGCAUGAAGUAGAUGUCUGCUCUUCCUCUUUGUUUCCUUUGGACACGAUGGGUCCUCUAAAAAGAAUGAGAAGUGGCAGUCGGGGUUUUGAGUCCAUGCACCACUCAGUGAAUUCUCUCCAUGAUAUUCCUGAGCUAAGAGACACAAUAUUCACAUAUGCAUCUCCGAAAUCUGAUGAAUAUUACCAAGAAAAGCCAAGAAGUAAGGUUAACUUAUUGUUUUCAGCUGUGCACCUUGUAGGUGAUGGUGUUUCUCAGGCACGGUCUUUGGGUAAGAAGGCAGUCAGUAAUCUUGUUCACUUUUUCGAUAUAGAGGAUGAAUUGGAAUUACAUGAUUGCUCCUAUGAGGAUGAAAAUGAGAUUUAUUAUGAACUUGAGAACCAGAAUAUUGGGUUUGAACCAGUGGAACAAGCACAUUCUUUUCAUUCUGAGAGUGAGCAAACUGAAUCUGAUGCUACCACGUAUCUGCAAAUUGGACUAAUAUUCCGUUAUAUAUGGGCACAAAUGCGAUCAAAUAAUGAGAUUCUUUGUUAUUUUUGCUUCAUUCUGAUUUUCUUGUGGAACUUCAGUUUGCUUUCCAUGGUUUACCUCGCUGCACUAUUUUUGUAUGCUCUAUGCGUGAACACUGGCCCCAGUUACAUGUUCUGGACCAUUGUGCUUAUAUAUAGUGAAGUCUGCGUUCUGCUCCAGUAUCUUUACCAAAUCAUUAUCCAGCAUUGUGGGUCUAGCCUUAUCAGUGCAAGUUUCCUUCAGGAACUGGGAUUCCCUGAUCAUCGAAUCAAAUCAUCAUUUGUAAUAAACAACAUGCCACUUUUCUUGGUUUACCUGUUUACCCUUGUGCAAACUUUCAUCAGUGCUAGGGAGGGUACAUGGGCAUCUGUUACAGAAUUUAGAUCUCUUGGGCAAAGAGAGAGAGGUUCCAAAGAGUCCAUGGUGACACUAAGUUACUUGGAACAGAUUCGCCGACUGCUUUUACUCGUGAAAGAGAAAGUGGAAAAGAUAUUUAGAAGUCUACUUUGGUACUGGAGAUCAGUAACACAGGGAGCUGAAACUCCACCUUACUUUGUGCAGCUGUCUAUGGCAGUAGAGGUGUGGCCUGAUGAUGGGAUACAGCCUGAACGAAUUGAGUCAAGUAUUAACAAGCUACUUACCAUGAUAGCUGACAUAAGAUCCGAUGACAGUAGUCCAAAUGGAACUUGUUUGCCAAGUAAAGUUCGCAUACAAAGCAUUGAAAGAAGUCCAGAAAACCCCUCCGUCGCUCUGGCUGUUUUUGAGGUUGUAUUUGCUUACCCACAUACAGGGUCUCAUCCAAUUGAAUUUUACAAGCCCUUAACUCCUGCAGCUGAUGUAGCUAAACAAAUUUUAAAAGCGCAGCAUAUUGGGCUUUUUGAAGAAAUAGGAUUUCCUUAUCCUGUACUCUCUGUAAUUGGAGGACGUAAAAGGGAUAUAGAUCUGUAUGCAUUCGUUUUUUGUGCAGAUUUAGCUGUUUUCUUUUUGGUGGCCAUCUUCUAUCAAUCUGUGAUUAAAAACAAGAGUGAGCUUCUUGAAGUCUAUCAGCUGGAAGAUCAAUUCCCUAAGGAGUUUGUAUUUCUCCUCAUGGUAAUCUUUUUCUUAAUUGUGAUUGAUCGCAUCAUCUAUCUCUGUUCAUUCGCAACUGGAAAAGUCAUCUACUAUCUAUUCAGCCUUUGCUUGUUCACAUAUUCGAUAACAAAAUAUGGUUGGGGCAUGCAGCCAUCCCACCAACACGCUGGAAAAUUUGCACUUCGUGCUAUAUACUUGACGAAGGCAAUAUCAUUAGCACUGCAAGCUACACAAAUUCGCCAUGGGCUUCCCCACAAAAGCACUUUAUAUCGACAGUUUCUGACUAGUAGUGUGUCUACAGUUAAUUUUAUGUGUUUUCGUGUUUAUCGAGCUCUACCUUUCCUGUAUGAACUGCGAUGUGUCCUGGACUGGUCUUGCACAACUACAUCUUUGACCAUGUAUGACUGGCUAAAGUUGGAGGACAUUCAUUCAAGCCUCUUCCUGGUCAAAUGCGAUGUAGAUCUACACAAAGCUAAACAUCGACAGGGAGAAAAGCAAAGCAAAACGACCAAAUUUUGCAAUGGAAUAUGUUUGUUCUUAGUUUUGCUUUGUGUUAUAUGGGCUCCUAUGCUGAUGUACAGCAGCGGGAACCCAACAAAUAUUGCAAAUCCAAUCCAACAAGCAAGUGUCCAAAUUGAUCUCAGGACAAUCACCGGAAAGUUGACUUUGUUCGAAACAACUCUUUGCAGAAUACUCUCUUGGAAUGAGCUCAGUACUCGAGUUGACGUAGAUCCUCUAGAUUUUUUAAGUGCUUACAGUAAGAAAGACAUCCAAUUAAUAUGCUGUGAAGCUGAUGCUAGUUCUUCAUGGCAUGUCCCUCCCAUUGUUCAAGCUAGGUUCCUGCAGUCCAUUACCAACAGCAUGAAUAUAAUGUUCCAAUGGCAAUUCAUCAGGGAUAGGCCAAAAGGAAAAGAGGUUGUGAAUUAUGAACUGCAUGUUCAAGAUAAAGAUCUUCCAAAGCCAAUAGAAGUUAUUGAUGUCCUAAAUGGUACUUCUAGCAAUUUCAGGAUAUUCAAUGUCUACCCUAGGUACUUCCGGGUAACUGGCUCAGGAGAUGUCAGGCUUAUCGAACAAGCGGUAAAUUAUGUUUCAGGGGAUCUUAUACUCAACCGGGAUGAUCCGCAAUGGUGGUCCUUCCAUGAUACAGAUAUCUCAGAUAGAAUUAACUGUGGAGAUUUUGCCGGACCGGUGGCUGUUAUUGUAUCUGAAGAAACUCCUCAGGGCAUAAUUGGUGAUACGCUCAGCAAAUUCAGCAUAUGGGGUCUGUACAUAACAUUUGUGCUUGCUGUUGGCCGUUUCAUCAGGCUUCAGUGUUCUGAUCUUAGGAUGAGAAUUCCCUUCGAAAAUCUUCCCAAUUGUGACAGAUUGAUUGCUAUAUGUGAAGAUAUCUAUGCUGCACGAGCAGAGGGCGAACUUGAAGUCGAGGAAGUCCUGUACUGGACACUGGUGAAAGUAUACCGCUCCCCUCACAUGCUGCUUGAAUACACUAAAAUUGAUUAG